UUCAACAUCUUCUUCACAACAUCACAUAAUGUUCCUUAACUGGCUUCUAGGAUCAUGAAAUUAUCUCAUGCCAAAAACCAGACAAGAGGGUCUUUGCUUUGCAUGCCUGAAAUCAUCCUCUUUCCAGCUUCUACACUUUCUCUAGCAUAGUUCAUUGUCAGAUUCUGUGUCACUGUCACUCUCAUCUGUGACAACACUUCCAUGGAUUCAAAGUCCUCCAAAUUUCACUCUCUCACCGGUUCCUUAGCCCGUCACGUCUUCUUCCGCGCUUUCUUACUAGCUUCUGCUGUUUCCCUUGUUUCCCUCGUUCGCUUCUUACCAACCCUCGAGUUGGGAUCUUUAACCCCAAAGACCUACGUUGACUGCGUCGAUCACUCAGAUUCGCCUACCCAAAACACCACUUUGACCGCUGGUUCCUACUUGUUCCAGAGCCGCAUCCUCAACACCUUCUGGGCUUCCUUUGACUCCAUCAGAUGUCAAAACCACACCGCUUUAACUUCCACUCUCAUCGCCAUUCUCAAGGCUAAACGUCUCUUGAACUAUCGCGCCAAAACCCUCUGCAUUGGACAAGGCUCUGACAUUCUUGUCUCUACAAUGCAACGCUUCGGAUUCUCCACUGUCGUCGCUCUCAACAACAGUAAGAACUUUGCGUCCCACUUUGAGUACCAAGACUCGUCCUUUGACUUCGUCUUCUCCAAGGAUGUGUACAAGGUUUCUGUCCCUGCGUUGCUGGUUCUUGAGGUCGAGCGCAUUCUUAAGCCUGGUGGAAUCGGGGUCUUGCUUGUUGGUUCCUCUUCUUCAUCCUCGGUCUCUUCAUUGAUCACAUCUUCCACUGUGGUGCAUGUUGGUUUUGUUAAUGAACUCGGCCUUGUGGUUUUCAAGAAAAGAUCUGAAAACACAAACACGAACUCAACCUCCCUUUUCUAUAACCGUGCACUUCCGGAAGAUUGUGCUAGCGUUGCAUUAACCAAGCCUUUGGUGAAGUUGAUGGAGCCUCUCGCGGAGGAAAGAGCGAGGAAAGAUGUAAAGUAUGAGAGAAGUGUCUCCUAUUUGCCAAACUUAGUGAACGUUUCUAGUACGAAGAGGAUGGUGUAUAUUGAUAUUGGGGUGAGGGAGUUGGUUAAUGGAGAUGUCGAUGUCAGUGAUUGGUUCCCACCUUCUUAUCCCAUUCAGCUUAAGGCUUUCAGUGUGUAUUUUGUUCAUUACAAUGCUUCUGUGUUGUCCCAUGUGAAACGGCCUCGUGUCACCUUUGUUUAUCAUCCGGGGUUGGCUGGGAGGGUUGCACACAAUGUUGAUAUGGAUCCGUUUUUGGGAGAGGAGGAGUUUGAUUUCCUUAAGUGGUUUAAAGAAACAGUUCAGUAUGCUGAUUUUGUGGUUCUGAAGAUGAAUGUUGGAGAUGUUGAAAUGAAGUUCCUUGCAGACAUAUUUGAGAGUGGAACCAUAUGCUUUGUUGAUGAGUUGUUUCUUGGAUGCUCAGAGAGUGAAGAUGGUAAAGAUGGAACUUUGAGCAGCAGGGUACACUGCAUGGAUAUUUACAAGGGUCUUAGAAGCAAUGGUGUUUAUGUUCAUCAAUGGUGGGAUACCAAAUUGCAUCAAGGGACUCAAAUGUCAUAUGUACAGUGAUUGUGGCGUGAGAAAUUGUAUCAGCUUUUGUGUGUUUAAGUUCCAAAAUGCUUUAUAAAUUGUAUCAGCAUUGCAUACUUGAUUCAUCAGAGGUUGUAAUUUGUAAUUCUGUGUUUCUGUU